ACACUAUUAGGGUCGUGCUGCGAUCGUUUUCGUUUGAGUAUUUACAUACUGCGCGAUCACAAAUGACGAUUCGGAAUACGGAUAUUAAUUGUAUCUCCCUACGCGAUCAGCGUUGAUCAAUUCUGUUUAUAAUACUGUAAUUCAUGUAAGAAAAGACCAUUGGCUGAAAACAUACAAGCGUGGUAAUUAGGAUGCCUGGGGGAAGGCGAAACCCUGGAGGUCGUUCCAACAAUAGUAGUCGAUCUCAGCUCAACUCGAGUGGUGGAUCACACGGAGGAAACGGGGGUCCAAAUAGUUUUGGCGGAAUAGACGAUAAAAAAAUCAGUGAAAAUUGGAGUAGUCGUCCUCUUGCACCCAAACACGUACCUAUCCCUGUAGUUCCUGUCGAUGGACAAAUGUCCUUCGAAGCUUUAUCAUUGGGUAUUUCUACUGUAGCAGUUGGUCUUCAAUUACUUAAUUUGUAUCGCACUGUAUGGUGGCUACCACAAUCUUAUAAUGAAUAUACCAUGAACUUCUAUUUGAUAGAUCCGUACUUACUAGUUUUCAUUGGCACGAUGUUAGUACGCCGACUAGUUUAUGCACUGCUGCGGAGGUUGGUUGAUGCCACAGCGCCAACACGUUGGUUACCUACAGCUCAAAGAGCAAUGAGGAUAUGUCUCCUGUUAGUCGUGAUAAGUGUCCUUUGCUGGUGUCUCUACUAUAUGAGCAAAAAUCACAAUUCCAUGAAAGUCUUCUAUCUCUGUUAUCCGAGCAUAUCCAUAUACUUUCUGAUGUUUGGCGUAAGUAUCGGGCCAUUUUUUGACAUUUCUACAGCCCCUUUGUACAUCAAGGAGGAUCGUAAAACAAAGUUUGUACUUGAUAAGCCUUUGCAUAAUUGUUCGCUGAGUGCAUCUGCCAUCAGAGCUGAGGUAUUGAGCUUAAGGUCAGACUUCAAUAGGCGCUUGAAAAGAGCAUUAUUUGCAUCUUCUGGCACUGCCUAUGUGUGUGGGAUCGCACCCAUCAUAUUUGUUCCUCCGCACCUACACUUCAAUGUUUCGUGGGUAGUACAACAUAUUGUACUCUUCUGGCUGGGAAGGCUCAGUGCACACUUUGCUCAGGCAUAUCCUGUAAGGUAUUGUGAUGUGCUACAUAGAGCUGCACUGCAUCUUGGACGAUGGACUAAAGUUGAGGGUCGCAAUAACCAUAUACCAACACAAUUGUGGAAUGAUGCAGUCUUGUGGCCACACGGUUCUCUUGUGAAGCAUAAUAAAGAGCUAUACCGGUCAGAUGGUCUUUGUACUGCUGCAGAACCAGGGAAUUCUAGUCACUACAGGUUUCAUGCAUUGUUCAGUAAUCCAACGAUGCUGAUUUGCUCAUUACUCGGCCUACAAUUGUCACUGGUUGUUGUACAAUUACUAGUUCUUUUGCGUACUAUUGAAUGGUACCAAGUUCUUUCAAUGACAUUAUUGUUGGUAACGAAUUAUUACACGUUGUUUAAAUUGGCACGGGACUAUCUAGUAUGCUGGAAGGUUUACCGGGCUGAGCAGCUAGUUCAAGAAAAAACUCAAGCUGCCAUAAGCAACGUUGCUCAAUAGACUGUCACUACGUAAUUUAAGUUUAUGUGAUCUUUUGAUACUGUGCAUGAAUUAUAUUUAGUUAACUUAUUAGACGUUUCGACGAUGAAUAAUACAAUGCUUUUUCAAAGAAAACUCCUUUCAUACCUUACUACCUUUAUCCUAUC